CCGAUCGAAGAUAUCGUCCAGAUGUCAACGAAAGGUCAGAACAUCCAACGGCCGAGAUCUCACUCUCGCGGAUAACGCACGAAGUGACGACUUUCGGGAACAAUAGAACAAUUAAGUACCCAAAAAAUACAAAGGGCGGGUAUUGUAAACCCUCGCAGUGUCGUAACUCCAAUCAUCGCAACAUCGGCGGCCUCUGUCCGUGGUGGUGCAGCUAUUUCGUUUCUUCGCCGAGAUAGCUGGUGAACCUGAUGGAGUAAGACGGGCACUAUUUGCAAUAUCUUCAAUUAUGUAUAAGUUCCCUCCCAGAGAAGAGAUUCCUCUUGAUACAAAUGUAAAUGAAGCCCCUCCUAGUAUAAUUAUCCCGUCAGAUGUUCCUCUGUAUUCAACAGGUGGACUAUAUCCAAGUGCAGAUCCCAUUCUUCCUCCCAGAUCUAUUCCACCGAUGCUUGGUGCCCAACAUGUCCAGGAUCUUCAUGAUUACCCUGAUUCUGGGAAUGCAUGGCCUCUCUAUUCAUCUGCUCUUCCUAUGGUUUCUAGUAUUAGCAGUCAUCCUCCAUCGGAGGAAUUGGUGAUUAGAUUAUUAUGCCCCCUUGAUAACAUUGGCCGUGUCAUUGGUAAGGGUGGGGGUACCAUUAAAAGCAUAAGGCAAGCUAGCGGCGCUUGUGUGGAAGUUGAUGAUUCCAAGCGUGAUUGUGAUGAAUGCUUAAUCACUAUCUCGUCAUUUGAGUCUUUGGAUGAUCUGAAAUCAAUGGCCGUUGAAACUGUGUUAUUGCUGCAAGAGAAGAUUAAUGAUGAUGAAGGUGGAAUGGUGAUCAUGCGACUACUUGUUCCGUCUAAAGUUAUUGGUUGUAUUAUUGGAAAAAGUGGUUCAAUCAUCAAUGAGAUUCGGAAGUCAUCUAGAGCCGAUAUCCGUAUUUCUAAGGGUGACAAAAUUAAGUGUGCUGCUGCCAAUGAUGAACUUGUUGAGGUAACUGGUAAUGUUGGCAGUGUGAGAGAUGCAUUGGUCCAGAUCGUGUUAAGGCUUCGUGAUGAUGCUUUGAAAGAGAGGGAUGUUGGUCAUAACCUUGCUGUCGGUACUGAUUCCAUGUAUUCAUCUGGUUCCAGUUUUUCGAUGCCAUCUGUAUUGCCUUCUGUUUCUCCUGGUGCUCCACCAAUGGGCUAUGAUCAGAGGGCUGAAAGUGGAAGCGGUUUAGGCGCUCUCUCUUCAAGUAGCAUAUAUGGAUAUGGAUCACUGUCGAUGGGAGACAAUGGCUAUGGAUCCAUGCCCUCAUAUUCAUCCAAGUUGUAUGGAGGGGGGCUGCCUCCUCCAUCUUCUCUUGAGAUGUUGAUCCCAGCAAAUGCCGCUGGUAAAGUUAUUGGAAAAGGAGGGGCUAAUAUCGCCAACAUUAGGAAGAUAUCAGGAGCGCUGAUAGAGAUUUCAGACUCUAAGUCGUCUCGAGGUGAUCGUAUUGCUCUUAUAUCUGGUACAUCUGAACAGAAGCGCACAGCUGAAAACUUGAUUCAGGCAUUUAUAAUGGCUACAUGAGAAGGAAGAUGACCUUAUGUUUUGAAGGUUACUAGAUGUAAAUCUUCCAUUUCAGUUCAUCCUCUGUAGAUCUCCCUAGGUUCAGUUCUGGAGAGGGUACCUCUUCUCGCAUUCAAGUUCUUGAGUUUUUUUCCCCAUUAAAUGCUUGUCAGGAUGAAAUGGGAGGACCUACAGCUGGUUCAUAUCUAGGGUUCCUAGAGCUUUUGUUUCUUAAUCUAUUCUUCUGUGGAUUCUUAGAACGUAUAGGAUCUUUCCUUUCGUACUUGUAUAUCUGGCCUUAUCUUUUAUCAGUUGGGAUUUCAUCUCAUUUCCAAUGCUGUCGUACUCACAUUAUAUGAUGAUUAUGCCAGAUGGGUUCCAGUAUGGUCGUUAUUCUCAA